ACUGCUUGAGAGGAGGACCUAGACGUCUGGGCCGCGGUGUGGUUGGACCCAGGACUGUCGUGCUAGUCUCCGCCCCGGGGCGGUGUCGCCGGAGAGUCCAGGGAGUCCCUCUCGCCGCAGCCUCGGGCGCGCGCGCGUGCUGCUCCCUCUGGCCGGUGAGGUUCCGACGCCAGGGGUGGCCCUUUAAAAGGCAGUAUCUUGUCCGGAGGGGGCGGAUAGGGGGCGCUGACCACAGCCCCAGGCCGGCCCCUUCUCCCGGCCCCCUCCCUCCGUCGGUCCCUCCCGCUGUGGGUCCCCGCGUUGCUAGCUGGCUUGCUAGCCAGGCUUACGCUCCGCCUCCGUCAGUCGUCUCGGCUGUCUGGUGCGCGGCGUGGAGCCGGAGCCGCGGCCGGACGCGCGGCUGGGGCUGGGGGCUGGGAGCGCGGCGCGCACUGCCUCCGGGAGCGAGAUCCGCGCCCGCCACCGGGCGAGGCUGGCGCCGCGAUGGCAGAGAUGGGCAGCAAAGGGGUGACGGCGGGGAAGAUCGCCAGCAACGUGCAGAAGAAGCUCACCCGCGCGCAGGAGAAGGUGCUGCAGAAACUGGGGAAGGCGGAUGAAACGAAGGAUGAACAGUUUGAACAGUGUGUUCAGAAUUUUAAUAAGCAGCUGACCGAGGGCACCCGGCUGCAGAAGGACCUCCGGACCUACCUGGCCUCUGUCAAAGCCAUGCAUGAGGCCUCCAAGAAGCUGAAUGAGUGUCUACAGGAGGUGUAUGAGCCUGACUGGCCUGGCAGGGAUGAGGCGAAUAAGAUCGCUGAGAACAAUGACCUUCUGUGGAUGGACUACCACCAGAAGCUGGUGGACCAGGCACUGCUGACCAUGGACACCUACCUGGGCCAGUUCCCAGACAUCAAGUCACGUAUUGCCAAGCGGGGACGGAAGCUGGUGGACUAUGACAGCGCCCGGCACCACUACGAGUCCCUUCAAACAGCCAAAAAGAAGGAUGAAGCCAAAAUUGCCAAGGCAGAGGAGGAGCUCAUCAAAGCGCAGAAGGUGUUUGAGGAGAUGAAUGUGGACUUACAGGAGGAGCUGCCAUCCCUGUGGAACAGUCGUGUAGGUUUCUAUGUCAACACGUUCCAGAGCAUCGCAGGCCUGGAGGAAAACUUCCACAAAGAAAUGAGUAAGCUCAACCAGAACCUCAACGAUGUGCUGGUCUGCCUGGAGAAGCAGCACGGGAGCAAUACCUUCACAGUCAAGGCCCAGCCCAGAAAGAAAACUAAACUCUUCUCCCGGCUGCGCAGAAAGAAGAACAGCGACAAUGCCCCUGCAAAAGGGAACAAGAGCCCGUCACCUCCACCAGAUGGCUCCCCUGCCACCACCCCUGAGAUCAGAGUGAACCAUGAAACAGAGCUGGCUAGCGGGGCUACAGCCGGGGCCACCAUCCCCAAGUCCCCGUCUCAGCUCCGGAAAGGCCCACCUGUCCCUCCGCCUCCCAAACACACCCCGUCCAAGGAGGUCAAGCAGGAGCAGAUCCUCAGCCUGUUUGAUGACGCAUUUGUCCCCGAGAUCAGCGUGACCACCCCCUCCCAGUUUGAGGCUCCGGGGCCUUUCUCGGAGCAGGCCAGCCUGCUGGACCUGGACUUUGACCCCCUCCCACCUGUGGCGAGCCCUGUGAAGGUGCCCACACCCUCUGGUCAGGUUGGUUGUGCCCAGCCCUGCCCACAGGCUCGCCAGCCUCAGGGCCAGGUCCUAUGCUCUUAUUUGCCCACCUGCUGUAUGGGUCAUGUAGGCCCAAGCCUUUGGGGGCCCUCUUCCCACUCACUGCCCUUUACCUGUUGUCCUGGCCCUUUGCCCUCAUCACUCCUUUGGUGUAGAGAAGACAGCAGGCCCUUGCCUGCUGAAUACAUCUUGCCCCUUCUGGUCACCUCAGCAUCCUGUCCCUCUGGGCGGUCACCCUGUGCUGGAUCUCCCUGGUCUAGGGUCUGAUAGCCCCUAAGGAGUUUCCAGGACUGGCUGUGGUAGGCCUCAUAGCUCAGACAGCCUGUGUUGACCUGGGCCUGCUAGGCUGGAGUGUGGGUGGUGGGACUGCUUGAGCCCUGUCUAACCUGUGUGCUGCCUUUGUCCUUCUCCCUCACUGCUGCUCAGCCAAUCCCAUGGGACCUCUGGGAGGUAAGCUACCAGCUCUGUGCCCCGCUUACUCACACCCCCACCUGGCUGGUCCACAGAUGCACAUGGUACAUUCAUGCACAUGUGCUCACCGCAGGAAGCCCACGAGGCUGUGCCUCCAGCUGAUCUUUUGUUUUUCCUCCACAGUGUAGCGUGAGGCUAGGGUCCUUUGUGACAUGGCCUAGCUUUCUGGCCUGCAAGUGUUUGUAGACAGUAGCCAGCCAGCCACCUGAGACUGAUUGAGAGUCCUCAUGUGGGUGAGGCCUGUGAGGCAGCAGCACCCCUGGAGAGGGCUCUAGCUUGGGGGAGUGCACAGGGCAGUAUCAGAGAGUGUUUGGGGGUAUUCUAGGGAGGGAUGGCUUGAGAGGCAGGGAAGGCAGACUGAGCAGAUGCUUUCUGAGAGCCGGGCAGGAACAAGCCAUGGAGGACAGGAGGCUAGGGAGGCUGGGAAUGGGCUCAGCAACUGGUGAUGGUGGAGCUGGAAUUCCAGGUGGGCUUCCUGGCCUUGGUCCUGAGACCACCCCCAAGGCACUGGCAGGGCAGGGGUAGGUAGGUGUGGCAUGCAAGGGCCCUAGAGGCACUGCUGAGAGCUUGGGACUUUCUAUUAGAGUGGUUCACUCCUGAAGAACCAGAGAGAGCAAGGCUGGUGUGAGCUGGCAAGGCUGUUUUUGACCUUGGAUUUCAGCAGGUGCCAUGUUUUGUGUUGUUAUUGCACCUGCCUGUCCCCCUGGUGGUGGGAACAGGAAGGAGGUGACCCGACUGGGCUCUUGCCAGGUUAUGCCUUAGGCCCCCACUCUCCCUGCCAACACUGGCUGCUCAUGACAGUCUUCUCCUGUCUUGUGUGCCUGCCCAACGCCUUUCCAUCCAACCCCACCCCCGCCCUUCCCCUCUGCUCUCUCCUCGUGGCCUGACAUUAGCCCGCAGAGAGUUCAGCUGGCAGCCUGCCUUCCAGGGAGCCCAGCACUGCUGAGGGCACCUUUGCUGUAGCCUGGCCCAGCCAGAUGGCUGAGCCUGGGCCUGUCCAAGUAAGUGCUCCGUCCCCUGCCCCCAUCUGGAUUG